UCUAUCUCCGUCCCUCUGCUCCCCACUUUCACUUCAACACAGUAGACACAGAGAGUUGAUAUAGGGAGGGGUAAACCCACCUUCGGGGCUAGGCAGUGUUCAUAUGCGCGCGCCGAGCGGCAGCAGCAACAGUUUCCCUGCAACACAAAGUUUUCUGCACAGCAGUUUAAAUGGCUCAUAAAAGAAAGCCGUGGAUGGUGUGCUGCUUCAUCUUGGCUGGUUUACUUUGCGCGGUUGCUGUCGUCUGUUUGUGCAUCGUCUGGCUCGUGGACAGUGGUGUCCACAAGUGUCCAAGCGGGAGCUUUACGCACGCGGCUGUGUCUGCAGACUCGCAACGGUGCUCGGAGAUCGGCAGGAACAUCCUCAAGCAGGGAGGCUCAGCAGUAGAUGGCGCCAUUGCAGCUCUUCUCUGCACAUCUGUGGUCAAUCCUCAGAGUAUGGGCAUCGGAGGAGGCUCUUUCUUUACCAUAAGAGAUAGAACAGGCAAAGUUAAAGUCUACAACUUCAGAGAGACCGCCCCGCUACAUGUCAAUCGUAACCUGUUAAAUUACUGUCCCAAAUUUUUUGGACAGAUCACAGGCAGCCAGUGGAUCGGCGUUCCUGGAGAGUUGCGGGGCUAUGAGGCAGUUCACCGAGAGUAUGGCAAGCUGCCUUGGGCCAAGCUGUUCGAGCCAACAAUUAAACUGGCCAGGGAGGGCAUCCCUAUGCCAGUGUUUCUGGGAAAGCUUUUGAAGUACAAAAUGGUGAAAGAUCACGUGGAAAACUCAUCUCUCUGUGAAGUGUUGUGCUACAAGAACAAAACUGUCCUGGGCACAGGAGCCACCCUAAAGUUUUCUAAACUAGCUGAAACUAUGGAAACAAUUGCAAAGCAAGGGGCCGAUGCCUUCUACACUGGCGAGAUUGGACAUGACUUAAUCAAAGACAUAAAAGCUGCAGGUGGCACUUUAAAAAUGGAAGAUCUGAAGGCCUUCAAGGUGCAGGUGGGCGAAGCGUGGACAGUCAAUUUGGGAAAUACAAAGAUGCACAUCCCUCCACCACCUUCCGGGGGCCCCCUGCUUGCUUUCAUUCUCAGUCUGAUGAAAGGGUUCUCCCUGACUCCACACUCCCUGGAUGGUGACCAGAAAAUUCAGACGUACCAUCGUUACAUAGAGGCACUUAAAUUCGCUAAUGGACAAAGGGGAAGUGUUUGUGAUCCUAAAUUUGAUGACAUAAAGCGUGCCAAGAUUUUGAUCGAUCCCUCCUUCACUGACCGCAUCAGGGACAUGAUUUCUUCAGAUGGCACCUAUGACAAAUCCUACUACAACAAUCUUAAGCCCUCCAAUGACCACAUUGGGACUACACAUGUGUCCGUCCUGGAUGAAGACGGACUGGCUGUCUCUGCCACCAGCACCAUAAACCAUUUUUUCGGAGGAGGCAUUUACUCUCCACGAACAGGCAUCAUCCUCAACAACGAGCUGUCUGAUUUCUGUGGCAGAGCAGACAACGUGACGGCAGGUGAACAGCCUCCAUCCUCUAUGACCCCGGUGAUACUAGAGACAAAGUCUGGAGGACUCCUUGUGAUCGGCGGAUCAGGAGGAAGCCAAAUCAUAACAGCAGUAGCUUUGUCUAUAAUAAAUCGCCUGUGGCUUGGGAUGAAUCUGACAGAAGCCAUUGCUGCGCCUAUACUGUUAGUUGACUCCAAUAACACUGUGAAAUUUGAGCGUGGUUUUGACAAGGCUGUUAUAAAUGGCCUCACAGCUCUUGGACACAAAUCUAAGGACUGGAUAUACUUCUUCAAUGUAGUCAAUGCUGUUGAAAAGGAAAAUGGAUGCAUCGUGGCUGUAUCGGACAACAGGAAGAUGGGGGUGUCAGCUGGAUACUGACCAUAGAGACCAUGAGGAAGCAUCACGUUCCCAACAAAAUCUGCCCAAAAGACUGACUGAACCCUCAGCCUUAAGCACAAUGAAUGUGCCAACAACAAAAUGUGAGGGGCUCACAAUCUUUUCUAAUAAGCAACAUAAUCAAUCAAGACAUUCCUAGACUUUAAGGCCCAGUGUUUGGGGUUAAAGGGCAACUAUUGAAAGAAAUGGUAAACUAUGUUUUCAUUGUAAUCACCUAAAAUUAAGUAAGAAGAAUCAUUGUGUUUUCAUUACCUUAGAAUAAGCUGUUUAUAUCUCCAUACGAAGUUGGU